AUGGAAGAUGCGCGAACCCCUGAAGCUGCAUUGUCCUAUAUCUCCCCAUUGCACAGCAUCACCCUGCAUAAGGGUUACGCCCUUGUCUUGGAGAUUGUCCCGAAUUUCUCCUGUUACACAAAUUCAUCCAACUGUGGCUACUGUGGUGGUGGUGGACGUAAAAAGAGCUACUCUUAUUACGCCUCGGCUGUGUCUUUGACACCCGAGUUCUAUCAAUCCCUGCUUGACCGUACAUGGAGACGUUCUGGAAGUCUCCUCUACCGACCGGAUCCUCGGAGCUCCUGCUGCCCCCACUACACCCUCCGCCUAGACACAGAUCUGUUCUACCCCACCAAGGACCAGCGUCAGUCCGUAAACCGCUUCAACAAGUAUGUCAUCGGCGAGACUUAUGCGCGCGAGGCAGCCCGCCUGUACCCUCGGUCACGCGAAGAGACCAAAAAGCGAGAUAAUGUUUUCGACCUUGUCGAUAGGAUACAUGAAGCCGAGGCAGACGUUCUAAAAUCCCCUCCUGAGCCAAGCCACCAGUUUUCCGUAUCGCUUGAGGAUGACUGCUUCACGGAGGAAAAGUUCAAAGUGUUCGAGAAUUACCAGAUGAAGGUCCACAAAGAAACCCGCGAAUCGGUGACUCGGAACGGAUUUACUCGGUUCCUUUGCAACUCCCCCAUCACCAGGCAGACCGAGACGUCUAAAUCUGGCGUGGGUCGGCACCUAGGCUCAUUUCAUCAAUGCUAUAGGAUCGAUGGCAAGCUCGUCGCUGUCGGCGUGGUCGAUCUCCUUCCCCAAUGUGUCAGUGCCGUCUACUUCUUUUAUCAUGAAUCAGUUCACAAGUUCUCUCCCGGCAAGCUAGGCGCCCUGAGGGAAAUUGCACUCGCCAAGGAAGAGGGGUACAAGUGGUGGUAUCCCGGAUUUUACAUUCAUAACUGCCCAAAGAUGCGGUAUAAGAUUGAUUACGCUCCCCAGUUUAUUCUUGACCCAGAAACACUCGUAUGGGAGCCUCUAGAUGAUAGUGUGUUGGCUAUCCUAGAUAAUGGUGCCUACGUGAGCAUCUCAAAGGCUCUGGCGGAUGGCCGCGCGAGCCAGCGAGGCGAUGCUGAGGGUGACCCUGGAUCUCCACCUCGAUCAUCGUUAGUUGGAGAUGAGGAAGAGCGGGAUGACACUGAAGCGGACACCGACGGCAGCAGCGACGAAGGGGAGAGUCCCCUUUUCACCAAGCAAAUGCCAGGGAUCCUAACUCUGAAUGAGAUGAAGAAAGUGGGUCUAGACGACAUCUUCCUGAGGCUCGGCGUCGAUGGGUCACUUCACAGAACCUCGGAUCUCAUUGUUUGGCAUGAUCUAACAAUCGACGAUACCCCAAAUAUCAAGCUCAUGGUGGCGGAACUGGUGUCCGCGCUUGGGGUGGACCUCAUGUACGAUUUCUGCCUAGACUUCACCCAUAGAUGA